CAGUGGGCAGGUCGCCAUCUUGAUUUUGCAGAGGCUUCCGCUAUUCCUCCACGGAGUGAAUUUUGCUACUUUCGUUAACUCGUCUGCCAGAGCUCUUUGAGUUUUGGAGGAAUUCAGUGAAGUAAAAGAUGACGGGACGGCAACCGGCCUGUGUCAUCGACAAUGGAACGGGGUAUACAAAAAUGGGUUUUGCUGGAAACACAGAGCCACAAUAUAUUUUGCCAACAGCUAUUGCCAUAAAGGAAUCUGCUAAAGUUGGAGACCAGGCUCAGCGGAGAGCUGCCAAGGGUAUUACCGAUUUAGAUUUUUACAUUGGUGAUGAAGCAGUAGAGGCUCCAGGUUAUGCAACAAAGUGGCCUAUUAGGCAUGCUAUUGUUGAAGACUGGGACUUAAUGGAAAGAUUCUGGGAGCAUUGUAUAUUCAAAUAUCUGCGAGCUGAACCAGAAGACCAUUAUUUCCUUCUUACCGAACCACCAUUAAACACACCUGAAAACAGAGAGUACACUGCAGAAAUUAUGUUUGAGUCAUUUAACAUUCCAGGCUUGUACAUUGCUGUGCAGGCUGUGUUGGCUCUUGCUGCAUCAUGGACUUCUCGUCAAGUUGGAGAAAGGACACUUACUGGUACAGUGAUUGAUUCAGGAGAUGGUGUGACUCAUGUUAUUCCAGUGGCUGAGGGUUAUGUCAUUGGCAGCUGCAUAAAACACAUUCCCAUUGCUGGCCGCGAUAUUACCUUCUUUGUUCAGCAACUUCUUCGUGAACGUGAAGUAGGAAUACCACCAGAACAGUCUAUGGAAACUGCUAAAACCAUCAAGGAACGCUGGGGCUACAUCUGCCCAGACAUUGCAAAAGAAUUUGCAAAGUAUGAAGCUGAACCAGCCAAGUGGAUCAAGAAGUAUGAGAGUGUGAAUGCUAUUACCAAGAAGCCUUUUGCGGUAGAUGUGGGAUACGAGCGAUUUUUGGGCCCGGAAAUUUUCUUCCACCCGGAGUUCUCUAACCCAGAUUUCACCACCCCUCUGUCUGAGGUUGUGGACAACGUGAUUCAGAACUGUCCAAUUGAUGUCCGUAGGCCUCUCUACAAGAACAUUGUGUUAUCUGGUGGUUCAACCAUGUUCCGUGACUUUGGCCGCCGCCUUCAACGUGACAUCAAGCGUGCAGUAGACGCUCGACUAAAACUUAGUGAGCAACUAAGUGGAGGACGCAUCAAGCCGAAACCAAUUGACACUCAAGUUAUAACCCAUCACAUGCAACGCUAUGCUGUGUGGUUUGGAGGAAGUAUGCUGGCUUCUACGCCGGAAUUCUACACAGUAUGCCACACCAAGGCGGAUUACGAUGAGCACGGACCUAGCAUUUGUCGUCACAAUCCCGUGUUUGGCGCCAUGUCUUGAGAACAAAGUUCCAUUCUUUAGGUCACUUUUAGGUUCCGUCGAAAUUCACUUUGAUCUUUGCAAGAUAAUUGUUAAAUAGAAACUUUUUACCAGUCUUAUGCUGAGAGUAAUCGUUAUUCUUUGGUUAGCGGCAGGUUCUUGACCACCAGUCGCUGAAUUCGGGUACUGUAGACUCUUGGUUAAAGGUUGAGCUUUGACUGAAAGAGUCAGCAGUUUUCAUUGUAACUUCAGAAAUUAAGCAUACCUCUAAAGAUUGUAGCAGAUAAUUAUAUUGUUUUUUGUA